GCCUUCCUGUCCCAAAGCCCCUCUAUAACGUUUUUACACCGGACACUCAUGCAUGUGCAUGGAAGCACUUGGUACAUAAACAAAGUAAACAAGGUGCCUACCUACCUACAUAUGUAGUAAGCAACCCUUGAACUUUUGUUUUUGGCAUUUUACAUUUUACAUUUUACCUUUUACGCUUUACGCUUUAUGUUCAUUUUAGUCUAAACCCUUAUUCUUGUUAUUACUUUUGCUAUUCUUCUUGGUCAUAAUUGCCGCUCCGCCGUCCCACCACUCUUCCUCCACACAUCCCCGAUGCCUUCCGAACCUUCCAAGCCCUCCACCUCGGGCAUCGUCACCGACGAGAGCAGCGGCGAGCGCCAGAUCCCCGAGUCCCUGCGAGCCGACGGCACCACCCGCAAAGCCAUCAAGAUCCGCCCCGGGUACCGCCCCCCAGAGGAUGUCGAGCUCUACAAGAACCGCACCGCCGAGUCCUUUCGCAACCGCGGGAAGGGCGGCGUGAUCGGGGCCGACGGUUUACAGGAGAAGAAGCAACAAGAAGCACCCGCCUCCGCCGCGAGCAACAAAAACGCCAAGCGUCGCGAGGCGAGGAAGAAGGCGAAGUCCACCACGAACCCAGGAGAGGAAAACAACAACAACAACAACAACAAAACACCCACCGAAGAUGCUCCCAAGGCCGAAGCAGAAGAGGUCGACCCCGAAGUCGAGAAGGAGAAGAAGGCCCGGAACCUGAGGAAGAAGCUGAAGCAGGCCAAGGACUUGAAGAGCAAGGAGGAGGGCGGGGGCGCGCUUCUGCCCGAGCAGAUCGCCAAGGUCAUCAAGAUUAACGAGCUGGUGCGAGAACUCGAAGCUCUCGGAUUCGACGCUGAUGGCGAACCCAAAUCUGCCGCAAAACCGGACAGCGCGCCCGAGACGACGAAGGAAGGGUGAAGAGACACUGUUCUGGAGGCUCGAUCCAAUGAGUCAAAUUACCAAAAAAAAAAAAAAAUCAGCCCAACCAUAUCUACUCCCAAGAGUAUCUCGCGCAAAGACCCUCGUCCGCCGAAUAUCGCACCCGUAAUGAUGAUACUGUCCAGCUCAGGUCACUUCAAACCUUACCUUACCCCAGGCGGUGCGGAUUCAACUAGCUGUCUUUACGAAGCAUUUGUUUCGUGCGUGUAUCACCUCUCACUGCCAAAGACACGACGAUAAUAUAUCUGUCAUAUGCAUCUAAUGGUGUUCCCUCCCUCCCUCCCUCGACGACAACGCGAGGUUCUACGCACAACCACCCUAGAGACGGCUGUACUUGAUAUCAACCUACCCAAAGGGUUAAGGCCCGGUCAGAUUUUUUGCACGCAAGUGGUGUUGUGUCGGCGUAUUAAGUUAGGAUACUAUUAAUAGCCUACAUGAUGUACAUACCAUACCUACCUAACUAGGUAGCUAGUACCUAGGGUAGUUAUUGAAUAUGAAUGUUCCAUACAAAGAUAUACUUAUAGCCUGCCACAACAAAU